UGUAAUACCCCGCAGAGCGCCGAGUGUCGCUGUUUCCCCGAUUUCCCAUGCUCAAACCCACGGCCCCACACGACAGCAAAGUGACUUCCGGGUUCCUGCAGUUGAUCUCGAGCCUAAAGGUCUCGCCUCUGUCCGGCUCCAAUAGGCUUCAUCCUUUUACGACACCUGUGUUGAAGGCCGAGAAUUAUUGGCUGCAUCUGGCGACACCCUCGUCGUCUGUAUCUCCGAAGAGAUAAGUCUGCACACCUGACUUUAAAGUUUGGAGCAGCCAUAGCUGACGUUUCACGAGAGAAGUUGACGAUUUACUUUGUGAGCCGAUUUGGUGCAACUAUUUCACAAACGUACGGCAGCGGCAGUUUAUAAAUAUGUAGAGACGUAGCCUCGGGUUUUGGUCAUAUCACUGAACCUGACGCCACAGCUAACGUGUGCAGCUGUAGCAGCGACGUAUUUUCGUCGACAUGGACGGAACGUUUGGUCCUCGUCUGUCUCUGAAGCAGAGAUAUGUCUUUCUGCUGUGUAUCGCCGUCGGAGGCAUUGUUUUUUAUAAGUUUUGGAGGGUUGAUCCUAAAGUAAAAAGAAUGAGCCGCGUCGAGGGUCUGCGGGCCAACUCCUCACAGUUCACUCUGGAGGGAAAACCCUUCCGCAUCCUGGGAGGUUCCAUCCAUUACUUCCGUGUUCCCAGAGCCUACUGGAAGGACCGUCUGCUGAAGCUGAAGGCCUGUGGCCUCAACACUCUCACCACAUAUGUGCCUUGGAACCUACAUGAGCCAGAGAGGGGAGUGUUCAACUUUGAAGAUGAGCUGGAUAUAGAAGCUUACCUCAGCCUAGCGGCUAGCCUGGGCCUGUGGGUGAUUCUACGUCCAGGGCCGUAUAUCUGUGCUGAGUGGGAUUUAGGAGGGCUGCCCAGUUGGUUGUUACGGGAUGAAAACAUGAAAUUGAGAACAACGUACCCAGGAUUCAAAGCCUCAGUUGAAAUAUUCUUUGAUCAACUAAUCAAGAAGAUCGUUCCAUACCAGUACUCCAAAGGUGGCCCAAUUAUUGCAGUUCAAGUGGAGAAUGAAUACGGCUCCUACGCUGCCGAUAAUGAGUACAUGCCGUUCGUUAAAGAGACAUUAUUGUCAAGAGGCAUCACAGAGCUGUUGAUGACCUCUGACGGGGACGGACUGAGGAAACACGGAGGAGUGAACGGAGCACUCAAAACCUUCAAUUUUCAAAGACUGAACAUGGACCGCGUUAAGUAUCUGGAUGAAGUACAGCCUCAGAAACCAAAGAUGGUGAUGGAGUACUGGACUGGCUGGUUUGAUCUCUGGGGAAACCUCCAUCACGUGUUCCCAGCCGAGGACAUGACCUCUGUGGUCGAAGAGAUCCUCAAACAGGACAUGUCCAUCAAUCUCUACAUGUUCCACGGAGGGACGAAUUUCGGCUUCAUGAACGGAGCGCUGGCCGUCGACUUACCGGUGCCUCUGCCGAUGGUAACCAGCUACGAUUAUGACGCUCCGUUGUCCGAGGCUGGGAAUUACACUCCCAAGUACCAUCUUCUGAGGACAGUAUUCAGCCAAUACCACACCCAGCCUCUCCCUGAUCUGCCCCCUCUCCGUCAGAGUAAAGAGUACCAGCCUGUCGUUGUUCAUCAGCGCUUGUCUCUGUGGGACAGUCUGAUUUUCACUGACGAGCCUUCCAGCUCAACCACGCCAGUCAACAUGGAGAACCUCCCCGUCAACAACAACAACGGUCAAUCGUACGGCUACACUCUCUACGAGACUACCAUCACCAGCGGGGGCGCUCUGAACUCAAACAACAACGUCAAAGACCGGGCGUUGGUCUUUGUGGACAAACACUUUGUCGGAGUUCUCGAUGAUGACUCACAGGAAGUGACGGUACCUGACGGGGAGGAAGGAAGAACUCUCAGUUUACUGGUGGAGAACUUCGGAAGAGUGAAUUAUGGGAAAACCCUGGAUAAACAGCGCAAAGGUCUGGUUGGAGACAUCGAGCUGAACAAGAAGAACCUCAGUGACUUCACCAUCUACUGUCUGGACAUGAAGCCAGGCUUUAUUGACAGUCUGGGAGGUUCAGACCACUGGGUGCAGCCGGCUGACAAACCACCCUCUGGUCCAGGGUUUUUCCAGGCCACACUCCACGUGGACGGCCCCCCCGAGGACACCUUCAUCAAACUCCCAGGCUGGAACAAAGGUGUCGUCUUCAUCAAUGGUAAGAACCUUGGACGUUACUGGUCCAGAGGUCCACAGCAAACUCUCUAUCUACCAGGACCAUGGCUACACACGGGAGAAAACCAGGUCACGGUGUUUGAAGAGCAGAACACAGAUGGUAGGAUUCAGUUCACCACCGUCCCUGACCUCGGCAAGACAGUCGAGGUCCAGUAAACACAGGAGGAGGUCAGACAGGUGUGGGACCGCAGGGACAGGAGGACUGAGGCGGAACAGACAAAUGGACCCUGAGUGGAGUCUGCCGGACCACUGACACAGACCGGUGCCCCAGAGUAACAUGUCAGUGGAUGUGGGAGGGGUUUAAAACCACAGCCGCUGACACAGCAACAGCAGAUGAUCCAUUAAAACGAUUUUUUUUUUCUAUUUUCUUCGAGUGGUUAAUAUUUUUAUACACUACAUUCUCAUUCUGAAACUGUCUGAGUCAUCCUGUAAAUUUUUUUUUUUUUUUUGAGGUUUUGUUGAACUGUGGGUUUCGUUGUGGGUUUUAAAACCUAAUAUUUGUUUUUACAGGGAUCCAGGUUCAAGUGUGUUCAUUUGGUUUGAGGAAAUAAUUUGAAGUGGUUGUAACUUUAAAAAUUUUUGUUUUCGUAACUUGUCUUGGUUUUUACUAAUGUGAAGGGCUUCCACUGGACAUUUCCAAGAAUUUGAUUUUCUUUUUUCUCAACAUGAUUUAAACAGAUUCACGUGUUUUGUAAUGUCCACCCGAACCAUAACAUAACAUCCUGGUAAAUGAAGAAUAAAUUAAAUGAAUGAACAUGCACGUGGUAUUGACACACAGAUACCAGAGGAAUAAAGGUCAUGUUGAAAUAUAA